AAAUGAUCAUCCUCUUCGCAUGCUGAACUCCCAGCCAAGCACCUCAUCUCAUCUUGGCCCUCACAUAGCUUCUGCUCCGCCUCAAAUUUGCACUGGACAAUCAAGAGAAGAUAUGAUCCAGUCCAGGAUGUCUGCCUUAUUUAGGCCAUAUCCCCAAAAAAUUGGAUCCAAAAGAAAUGGCUUAAAAAGACAGUAUCAGACACCAUGGUCUCAUGACUUUUUUUGCCUCUCUGAUCCCGAGUCAGACAUGUCUCCAUCUCUAGAGGAGCGUUGCACUCUCCAGAAUAUGGGCUUGGGAAGAAGAAAAGUGACCUUCCCAAAUAACAAUGGGACGCAUAAAGAUUUCGUUGAAGGUCUCUUCAACGCAUACCCUCAGCUGGCUGAUGCAGGGGGCUUUAAGCUGAUGCGUUGUGGACGGAAUAGAGUAUUGGUUGACAUAGCAAUGCCCUCCUCAGGAUACAGUGUCAGAUAUUUAAGGUUGGAGAGUGGCCUGAACAAGGCCUUAGCCUACAUUGUGCCACUUCAAAGGAAGCUUGUGGACAUUGAGGAGUGUAAACCAAACGAUUUGGAUACUGUGCUGGAGAAGUGCAAAUCCUGCAAUCAGGAUUUCCCCCUCUAUAAACUUGAGAAUCACUUCAAUGAAUGUGAGAGGUCAUACAUUGACUUAACCAAAGAUGAUGAGAAAGAAACUGAAGAUGAAAUCGAGACCGAGGAGGUAGCAGAGGAGACGAGUGGAGAAGAAAGUGAAGAUUUUACACUUCAAGCUGCACUAGAAGAGUCUCUCUUGACUCAACCCCAUCAUUUUCCUGAGCCAGCAACUGAGGAACAGGCCACUUCAGAGUCUAAUGGAAAACACAUUGCAAAUGUUCUCACUGCUCUGGAGAAGGCAAUUGAUUACUGUGAUGGAAGUCCUGCAUCCUACAUUAGUGUUUGCAGAUCUCAUAUUUGGAUGGGUGCCAGAUUGGCCCUCAGCCGGAAGACUUUUCAUCCUCAUUGGCGCAUCAAUGUUAAAUUCAUGGAUGAUGUUGGAGUAGCAGAAGGAGCUGUUGACACAGGAGGACCAAAGCGGGAGUUUUUCACACUUGUUUUGGAUUACCUGCAUGGUAGUGGCCUUUUCGUGGGGCCAGAAAGCAGCAAAUUAUUGACUUUCUCCAGUUCCGCUAUGGAAAAAGAUGACUACUUCUACGCUGGAAUGAUGAUAGCAAUGUCUCUUGUGCAUGGAGGACCUGCGCCCCGGUUCUUCUCCAGAACUCUAUUCCAUGCAAUCACAGGAUCACCCGAAAAGACAACAGUGACCAUUGAUGAAGUUCCAGAUUUGAAACUGAAAGAAAACCUUCAGCGAGUUUUGUCUGGUGAAGUUCCUGAGGACCUUGAAGACAUCAUAGAUAUGGCAGGGUCCCGAUGUAUUAUGGCAACACCUGAAAAUGCUCAACAGAUGGCUCUGGACACUGCGCACUGGUACAUCUUUGGCAGAACACGGUCAGCAUUUGAGAGGUUCAAAGACGGCCUGAAGACCCUGGGUGUUUACUCUGCAAUGUUGGAAAACAAGGAGUCCUUCUUGCAUGUCAUGUGUCAUCAGGACAACCCAAUCACAGCAGAACAGAUCAAAGAAGCAUUCAAACCAGUGCUAAACUCCCCUGGUUCUAACAAACGUUCCACUGAGAACUUGAUCCUCUGUCUGUGGGAGAACUUCAUCUUUGAAGCAGAAGAUGAGGAUUCCGAUGUGUCGCUGGAGAAGAUCCUGUUUUUUUCCACUGGCCUGAAAUCCUUCCCUCCACUUGAUCUGAGGCCCAGUCCAACUCUUUGCUUUCUUCAUGAUGCUGAGGACAGUGGGAAGCUGUCCAGCUACCCAAAAGCAAACACAUGCACAAACCAGCUGUACCUUCCCACAGUUCACAAAACAUAUCAUGAAUUCAAAAACCACAUGGUUUUUGGUAUUUGUGCAAGUGCAGGGUUCGGACUACCAUAGUGGUGUUGGGCUGUUGCUCCAUUGUUCUGGGUUUUAGUGAUGCUGAAUUUAAAAGUUCAUGUCAUAUGUUUGUGCACUGUUAGCAUCUGUAUUUUGACAGCCUACCCUUAAAAGUAACUGUUUGGCUCCA